GAGCCAGAGCGACUCUGCCCGAGAGGCUAAGGCUGCGAGUCCAGCCCGGAGCCCAAGCAGAACCCCAGCCACUCCUGGCCCGCCCUGCAGCCCCUCCGCCCAAUGAAACUGACCACGAUGAUCAAGAAGAUGUGCCCGAGCAACUCGGAGCUGAGCAUACCGGCCAGGAAUUGCUCCCGCCUGGUCAUCCUCGGCUCGUCCAAGGUGGGCAAGACGGCCAUCGUGUCGCGCUUCCUCACGGGCCGCUUCGAGGACGCCUACACGCCCACCGUGGAGGACUUCCACCGCAAGUUCUACGCCAUCCGCGGCGAGCUCUACCAGCUCGACAUCCUCGACACCUCGGGGCCCCCUUGGCAGCCCCCUCACCGCCUCUCCUGCUCUGCCCCCGCAGGAGACGUUUUCAUUCUGGUGUUCAGCCUGGACAACCGCGAAUCCUUCGAGGAGGCGCAGAGGCUCAAGCAGCAGAUCCUGGACACCAAGUCCUGCCUCAGGAACAAACCCAAGGGGCGGGCGGACGUGCCCCUGGUGCUGUGCGGCAACAAGGGCGACCGCGACCUCCACCGCGAGGUGGAGCCGGCCGAGGUCCGGCAGCUGCUGGGCGACGGCCCCCCGCGCUGCGCCUACUUCGAGGUCUCGGCCAAAAAGAACAGCAGCCUGGACCCCAUGUUCCGGGCGCUCUUCGCCAUGGCCGGGCUGCCCGGGGAGAUGAGCCCGGGCCUGCACCGCCGGCUGUCCGCGCAGCACUGCGAGGCGCUGCACCAGGCGCUGCGGGGCGGGAAGCCGCUGCGCGCCGGCGGCCCGGGGGGCGCCUUGGGCAUCGUGGCGCCCUUCGCGCGCCGGCCCAGCGUGCACAGCGACCUCCUGUGCGUGCGCGAGAAGGUGGGCGGCCAGGCCAAGGACAGGGAGCGCUGCGUGAUCAGCUAGGGCUCCCGCUCCCCCAGGCCGACAGCAGGACCGAAGGAAGACCCUGUUGUUUAAAAGUAAAAUCCAGGUCCGGGCUGGCCCUGAGCUUCAAGUGUCCUGGCGUCUUCCCUCCCCCGAGCCCGGCCCGCCAACUGGGAGGU